AUGUUUAAAAUACGUAAAGCUAAGGACGAGGAGCCAACGGCCCCGGGCCAGGUGAAAAUAAAAAAGAGGUCAAAAGUGCCUGGAGUUAUGAUAACCCAGUAUGUGGAAGAACUUCCUGAAGGCAUGACCACCCCAGAUUUCACCCGGAAACCCAUUUCUAUAACCAUACAAGAAGGAAAACCGAUUAUCUUCAAAGCAGUGAUUAUUGGUAAACCAACACCUACCGUCACCUGGGCGAGAAAUAAUGGAGAAAUUAAUGAAGAAAGGUGUCAAAUCAUCCAUGACAAAAGUUCAGGAGAGUACCAACUAAAGAUGCCAGACGUAUGCGUGGAUCUAGCUGAUACCUACAAGUGUUAUGCCAGGAAUGAGUACGGAAAAGCUGUUGUGACUGCUACACUUAAUGUUAUUGAGGUUGGCUUCAAAAAGAGCAGAGCCAUGCAAGAAUCAAGAACAGCUAUCCGAGAGAUACCAGAGGACUUCAAAAAGGCCUUGAAACAUAACGUUGAUAUUGAUGCAAAAGAAGAUACAAAAACAGAAAUUGAUAACAAGUUUUGGGAACUGUUGAUGAGUGCUGACAAGAGGGAUUAUGAAAGCAUCUGUGCUCAGUAUGGUGUCACAGACUUUCGUGGGAUGUUGAAAAAACUAAAUGAGAAGAAGAUUGAAAGAGAGCACCAGCAGGAAAAGGUUGUUGAAAGGCUUUGCAAUCUAAAGCCUAUUGAACUGAAAUCUGAUGGUGAUGCAGAGUUUGAACUUGAAAUGACAAUGAGAGACCCUACAAGCAAAAUCUUCUUGUUCAAGGAUGGAGUCAUGAUUCCCUUUGAUGCAGACACAGAUAUAAAACAUGGACUGAAGCAAGUGGGAAAGAAGUUUGUGUUUAGCAUCAAUGGUGUUGAUGCUGAGGAUGCAGGAUUAUACCAAGUUGAGGUUGAUGGAGUUAAGAUCUUCUCGACAGAUUUCAAACUUCCCCCUGUAGACUUCCUGGUUAAGAUUCAAGAUGUGAAAGCAGAGGAGAGAGAGGAUGCUGUUUUUGAGUGUGUUAUCUCACACCCCCUGAAAAAGAUAACUUGGAUGGGAAAGAAUGUCACACUUGAGCAAGGGGAAAAAUAUGACAUCCUGGUGUCCGAGGACAUGUUGAUUCAUUCGUUGGUGGUGAAGGACUGCGUUCCAUUGGACAAAGGAAUAUAUGCGGCGGUGACUGGAAUGGCAUCCUGCAGUGCAUGGCUUAUUGUGGAAGCGGACAAAGAUCCAAAAGGGAAGAAGAAAGCUCGCAAAACAACCAGAGCAGGAGGUGGUGGACCUGAGCUUUUGAAGAUUGCUCAGGAGCAACAGGCCAAGGUACAAAAAGAGAGAGAUGAGUUAAUUGCAAAAGUAAAAGCUGAGGCAGAAGCAGCAGCAGCUGAAAAAGCAGAAGCUGAAGCGAAAGCUAAAGCAGAAGCAGAGGCCAAAGCAGAAGCCAAAGCUAAAGCUAAAGCAGAAGCCAAAGCAAAACCAAAGGAAAAAACAGAUGGAAAGACGAAGACUAAAACAAAGGCCAAGGCAAAGGCAAAAGCAGGAGGGGAAGAUAAGGCAGAUGCAACCAAUGCUGUAGAGGAGGAGGAGGAGGAGGAGGAGGAGGAUGAAGAGCUGGAAAAUGAAGAGGAAGAGGCUUCAGAGCCCAAGAAAAAGGUACAAACAAAGGAAGGAGAGGCUCCUGCUGACACUGAAGAAGAGGAGCCACUUCAAGAGAAAAGAAAAAGAGUGAGAAAUGGCCCACUUGUCCCUGAUACAGUCAUUGAACAAGGAGUAUACUUCACCAGCGGUCUGUCAGAUGUAACCACCAUUAUUGGGACUAAUGCAGAACUGGUCUGCAGGCUGAGCAAUGAGGAAUGUGAUGGAGUCUGGUACAAAGAAGGAGAAGAGAUAACAGCUACAGAUAAUAUCUGUAUUGUAAAAGAUGGGACCUUUCGCAAACUAAUUAUCAAAAACUGCACAGAAGAUGAUGCUGGAAAGUACAGAUGUGAGGCCGAUGGCCGUAAAACAGAGGCUGUGCUGAAAGUUGAAGAUCCACCCAGAAUUACCCCCGAGGACCUCCCUGAGUUCAUAAAACCUGUUACAAUAAAAACUGGGAAAGAUGCAGCUUUCAAAGUCACUUUUCUUGGCCGGGAACCACUGAAGAUACAGUGGUACAAUGAGGGUGACGAGCUUUUGGAGGACACCCAUAUCAAGAUCGAAAAGUCUUCCUCACACAGCCGCCUGCUGUUAACCAAGUGCCAACGCAAAACCACAGGAGAAAUUAAGAUCAAGAUUAAAAAUGAGUGUGGAACAACUGAAGCCAUCACACAGCUUGUUGUAUUAGAUAAACCAACACCACCCCUCGGCCCAGAGGAUAUCAUUGAAAGUUCUUCAGCUUGCAUUGAUUUCAAAUGGAGGGCCCCAAAAGACAAUGGAGGUUCCCCUAUCACAGACUACAUCCUGGAGCGCCAGCAAAUUGGACGCAACAGCUGGAAGAAAUUAGGCAAGAUUGGCCCAGAGCCUAAAUACAGGGAUUCUGACGUGGAUCAUGGUAGAAAGUACUGCUACCACAUCAGGGCAGAAACUGAUUAUGGUAUCAGUGAAAUGAUGGAGACUGACGACAUUCAGGCAGGGACAAAAGCAUACCCUGGAGCUCCCUCUACGCCAAAAAUUGUUAGUGCUUUCAAAGACUGUAUCAAUCUUGCUUGGUCUGCACCUACCAAUACUGGAGGAACCAACCUUUUUGGAUACAACAUUGAGAAACGCAAGAAUGGGAGUAAUCUGUGGAGUCAAGUCAAUCCACCGGAUCAGCCCAUUAAAGAGAAAAAGUAUGCAGUGAAGGACGUCGUUGAAGGCAUUGAGUAUGAGUUCCGUGUAUCAGCUAUCAACAUUUCUGGUGCUGGAGAGCCAAGUACACCUUCUGAAUUUGUGAUUGCAAGAGAUCCAAAGAAGCCCCCUGGUAAAGUCAUUGACCUGAAAGUGACAGACUCCACAUACACCACUUUAUCACUGGGCUGGACCAAACCCACUGAGGAGGAAGGGGUUCAAGAUGAGGCCAAAGGAUACUUUGUGGAGCUUAGACCAGCAGAAGACCCGGAAUGGGGUCGCUGUAACUCCACUGCUAUCAUUAUGAACUCCUAUACUAUUAUGGGUCUGAAGUCUAUGGCCAUGUACUGGGUAAGAGUUUUAGCCACUAAUGAGGGUGGAGAUGGUGAGCCUCAAGAGCUGGACAACUACAUCAUUGCAAUGCCUCCUCCAGUGAAACCUCAAUUCACUGACAAAAAAAUAAAGAACUUCAUGGUGAUGAGAGCUGGAAACUCUGUUCGCAUCAACUUUAACUUUCAGGCCUCUCCUGUACCAAUUAUUAAUUGGCUUAAGGACGGUCUUCCCGUGGCCAAGCAUGUGACAGUGAGCAACACAGACACAUCAUCACAGCUAAUCAUUGCUGCAUCAGAACGUCAUGACACUGGAAUCUACACAAUCAUUGUGAAGAACAUUGUUGGUCAAGAGACCUCUAGUGUUGAGAUAAGAGUCACAGAUGAGCCAAAGCCUCCAGGCCCUGUGGAACUUGAUGAGAACGUGAUGGGAACCGUGACAGUCUCCUGGACGCCCUCUCCAGAUGAGAAGAAGGAUGACAGGCUGCACUACAUUGUCACCAAGCGUGAUUCUGUCAAACGUUCUUGGCAAACUGUGGCAGACCACCUCUUCAACAAUAAGUUCACUGCCAUCAACAUCAUGCCUGGAAGGCAGUAUAAGUUCCGGGUAUAUGCCAAGAAUGACAUGGGGCUAUCCAAACCCUCUGAGUCAGCUCCAUGGGAAGUACAAAGAACAAAAGAGACAUUUUCAUUGAACCUCCCUGUCUCUAAGGAUUGCAGUUUUGAGAUGCCCCCUGCAUUCUCUGUUCCUCUUAAAAAGCACAAUAGUCCAGAGAGCUAUGAAUGCUACAUGAGUUGUGCGGUGACAGGAAACCCCAGACCCCACGUCACCUGGUACAAAAAUAACGUCAGCCUCAACACCAACACCAACUACUACAUCACCAACACAUGUGGAGUGUGCUCAAUGGUGAUUCUCAAAGUCGAUUCCAAGGACUGUGGGGAAUACACAGUCAUGGCUGAAAACCCUCUGGGCAGGGUGGAGUGUUCAUCUAAACUUGUUGUUAAAGAUUAA